CGAGCCCGUGAUGCUGCGGGACACGUCUUGAAUCCUGGGAAAGGGAAGGUCCUGCUGCUGGGGGAACAUGUCGAGUUUCUCCAAGGCGCCCCAGCAAUGGGCCACGUUUGCUCGAGUUUGGUAUCUCCUAGAUGGGAAAAUGCAGCCCCCUGGCAAACUUGCUGCCAUAGCCUCAGUUAAACUUCAAGGAUUGCAUAAACCUGUGUAUCAUCAACUGAGUGACUGUGGAGAUCAUGUUGUCAUAAUGAACACAAGGCACAUUGCAUUUUCUGGAAACAAAUGGGAACAAAAAGUAUACUCCUCACAUACUGGCUACCCAGGUGGAUUCAGACAAGUAACAGCUGCUCAGCUUCACCAGAAGGAUCCAGUGGCGAUUGUAAAACUAGCUAUUUAUGGCAUGUUGCCAAAAAACCUUCACAGAAGAACUAUGAUGCAGAGGUUGCAUCUUUUCCCAGAUGAAGAUAUACCAGAAGAUAUCCUUAAGAAUUUAGUGGAAGAGCUUCCUCAACCACGAAAAGUGCCCCGACGUCUGGAUGAGUACACACAAGAAGAAAUAGAAGCUUUCCCAAGAGUUUGGUCUCCGCCUGAAGAUUAUCGGCUGUAGGAGAAAGAAAAUUUCAGAGAAAGUGCGAUAAUUGAAAUUUCUUCCUGAUGAGUUGCUCCAACCUGCAGGGCAGAACGAAACAGCUGCUGCCUUUUGACAAGAAGCCUGUUAUGGGUGCUGCAGGUUUGUGGGGAAGGGUCAGGAAAAGAGAUUCCUUCAAUAGGAAAUUGCAAUAAAAUACAUUAUUUUAUAGAA